AGACUGACAAGAAUAGGGAGCUUACGUGUACCCUUGGAGCUUGGCCUGUAUUUUUUUUGCAUGCAAAGCAAAAAAUUUUACUGUGCGAUGAAUUAUGAGACUGCUUUUGUUUCCUUGUGGGGAUGUUCUUCUGGAGCCCAUGGCUGCUUGUGGGAUCAAGUUUCAAGCAUCGUGAUUGGGUCAAUCUCUCUCUCUCUCUCUUUCUCUCUCUCUCUCUCUGAGGAACAAGUUCAAUAAGGAUGAUGAUCUACAAGAAUACCUGUGGAAGAUAGAUGAAAGCAAAGAGAGAGAGAAAGGUGAUGAUAGAAAUAGAAAAAGCUGAAAGUUUUAAAAGCUAAGUUAGAAAAGAAAAGAAAGCUGAUGAGGGUAACCGAAAGGAAGAAAGAAGAGAGCUUUUUUUCUUCCUCUAUGUCCUAGGCAAGGGUUGUAGCUGUAUCUUCUCUCUGCCCCACAUCUCUCUCCUUAUUAUUAACCUUUAUUUAGAAAGUGUGGGAGGGAUUGCUUUCCUUCUUAGGCUUAUAUUAUACAAGAUAUAAUCACACAAGCGGAAAGUGAGCAAAAUUCACCCAUGUUAGGCACUAACUCUUCUUCCUCCUCACUACUCCCUUCUUCUUCUUCUGAGCCUUUUUCUUGCUUAGAAAACGGUAGCAACAACAACAACAACAACAAGAGGAAAAGACGCCCAGCAGGAACUCCAGAUCCCGAUGCAGAGGUGGUUUCUCUGUCGCCGAAAACGUUAUUGGAGUCGGAUCGUUAUGUGUGCGAGAUCUGCAACCAGGGGUUUCAGAGAGACCAGAACCUUCAGAUGCAUCGGAGGAGGCACAAGGUGCCGUGGAAAUUGCUGAAGAGGGAGAAUCCGGUGGUGAAGAAGCGGGUUUUCGUCUGCCCGGAGCCGAGCUGCUUGCACCACGAUCCAUGCCACGCGCUGGGUGAUCUUGUUGGGAUAAAGAAGCAUUUCAGGAGGAAGCAUAGCAAUCACAAGCAAUGGGUCUGUGAGAAAUGCUCCAAGGGUUAUGCUGUUCAAUCCGAUUACAAAGCCCAUCUCAAAACCUGCGGCACAAGAGGCCACUCUUGUGAUUGUGGCCGUGUUUUCUCGAGGGUGGAAAGUUUCAUCGAGCACCAGGAUGCUUGUAGCAUGGGGCGUCUCCGGCCGGAAUCACAACCACUUCAGCCGGCGUGCUUGUCUCGAACGGCAUCAAGCCCAAGCCCAUCAAGCGAGACAAAUUUCAGCACAGCUCCUUGGCAUCAUCAUCCUGGUUUACUAAUGCCAAAGCUAACACAACCUACUGCCUUGCCAUCCAAGAAUACUACAACAAACUACCACAAUCUUGAGCUUCAGCUCUCAACCACAUCGAAUUCCAUUGAUGCAGCCGCCGCCGCAGCAGCCGCCGCCUCGGUUUCUCCCAAAAGAGAUUGCAAUCACUCCACCCAUCUCCAGCUCUCCAUUGGGUCGUGUGAAUUUGGAAAGAAAAAUGAAUCAAACACAAACAGAAUUAUUAACUCCCCAAAGGAGAGCAAUAACAAUAUCACGUCGAGGCUUAAAGAAGAAGCCCGCGAGCAGCUGCGGCUAGCCAUGGCGGAGAAGGCGUAUGCUGAAGAGGCUAGACUGCAAGCAAAGCGGCAGAUUGAUAUUGCAGAACAAGAGUUUGCAAAUGCAAAGAGAAUCAGGCAACAAGCGCAGGCUGAAUUAGACAAAGCUCAGGCUCUGAAAGACCACGCAAUCAAACAAGUCACUUCCACCAUUCUUCAAAUCACCUGCCACGCUUGCAAGCACCAAUUUCAAGCGGUUGCUUCCGAUGAAAACUCUCUGGUGUUGAGUUAUAUGUCGGCCACUACAACAGAAGGUGAAGUAGAGAAUGAUAUCCAUCGAACUGAUCAUGUUGCAAAAUCAGCUAAUUAACACGUACCCUUAAUUAAUUAGAUUUCUCUCUAUUUUUCUUUUCUUCUAUUAUCUAUUUAAUUACCAAUAUUAUACCAAGUGAUCGAGUUGCUGUUGUGGUUAUCUCUCAGGUUGAUUAGAAGAAGAAAAAAAAAAAGAGUGCUGCAUGUAUCUUGCAAUUUAUGUGAUGUUAUUUGUUCAUUAAUUUGGUAAAUCCAGACUAUUAUAUAAUGGUUAUUUUGAUUUUCAA